CUAGCCUUCAAGGCGAGGAUGAAUUACUACACUCUCUGCCAUGUCGGCAUACAGUAGGGCUCUGCCCAAUAGUGUUUGCAUCCUUGCCACUCUUUUGCGAGAUUUUCACUUCUCGAUAUCUGUACUUCUCCUCGGGCUAGGAGACAAGCCACAUUCUGCAAUUAAAUGGCUGAAGCUCUAGCAGUAGUCGGCAUUGUCGCCAACAUAGUCCAGCUCGUUGACUUCGGCUCCCGGGUUCUGAAACGCCUUGAAGAAUAUCAGUCCAGUCUCGCAGAGAUUCCGGAAGCGUUCCGCCACCUCAAAGCUGAGCUGCCCAUGCUGCUAGAUGCCCUCCAGCAGACAAAGGCAGGGAUUGAUGCCGGGUCUAUGCAAGAUGAAACUAAAAAGGCCCUUGUCCCUGCUGUUGAAGGGUGUGGAGUACAAAUAAAGGCGCUAAAUGAAGUAAUCGCGAAAGCGCUGCCCGCAUCGGGUGACUCUUGGGCCAGACGAGGCGGGAAGGCAAUUGGAAGCCUUCGGUACGACGCAAAGGUGCAGAAGAUAACAGCCAUAAUUCGAGGGUACAUCCAGACCCUGACAUACCAUGCCGCUAUCUCCCUAAGACCCUUAGCAGUUCCUCAAUCUCAUCCCGCCCCUUGCUCCACUACUCCUUUCCAGCGUGAUCCACACUUUGUAGAUCGCAGCAUCCUUGCGGAAAUUGAUUUUAAGAACCGCCAGUCUACGUCUAGAUUAGCGCUUGUUGGCCUUGGUGGUGUUGGGAAGUCCCAGAUUGCCAUCGAGUACUCCUACCGGGUACGAGACAAGUCGCAGGAUACAUGGGUGUUCUGGGUGCAUGCAGACACGCAAGCGAGGUUUGAGGAGGGCUACCGGAGAAUUGCUGAGACGGUGAAGGUAGAAGGCUGGGAUAACCCUAAAGCAGAUGUUCUGCGGCUUGUUCGCAGUUGGAUGUGUGAUGGAUCGAACAGGCAGUGGGUACUGGUUGUGGACAAUGCGGAUGAUUUGGGUGUCUUCUUCCAUAACAGGUCGCAAACUCGUGGAGCAGACAGCCUAGAUCGAUCAGUAGAGCUGCUCUCAGACUUCUUACCGCAGUCGCCGAACGGAUUGAUCCUUAUUACCUCUCGGAGCCAAGAUGUAGCAUACAGACUGACGGGAAGCUAUGCCUCCAUCAUGAAAGUUCAGCCAAUGGACUGGGACGAAGCGCUAACUCUUCUCCAGAAGAAGCUCAGUCCUAACACCGACCAACAUAACGCUAUCAAACUGCUACAAGCUCUUGACUACAUGCCCCUUGCCAUUACGCAGGCAGCGGCUUAUAUUGAACAAAGAGCACCACGGAUGACCAUCUCGCGAUACCUAGAUGUGGUUUGCAGAAGCGACUAUGACCGAGCCCGUCUGCUAAAGAAGGACGUGGGAGACAGUCGCAGGGACGGUAGAGCAUCUAACUCCAUUAUCACAACCUGGCAGAUCUCGUUCGAAUAUAUCCGGAAGGAGAUGCCCACAGCCGCUCGACUCCUCUCACUAAUGAGUCUUUUUGACAGGCAAGGGAUCCCAGAUUCGCUUCUGCACAAUCAAUACCAGCAAGACAAGGAUGAGGAAGCCGACUUUGAAGAAGAUAUCCAUACUCUGACCAGCUAUUCCCUGGUUGGGAUGAAUGCGGAUGGACGCGAGUUUAAAAUGCACCGGCUGGUGCAGUUCUCGAUGAAGAAGUGGCUGGAGUUAAACCAGGAGCUAGAGCAGUGGAAAGAGGAGUAUGUGAGGCUUAUGGAUAACAGUUACCCAGUGGGAAAGCACAAAAACUGGGCAUUGUGUCAAGCCCUGUUUCCACACGCUCAAGCAGCGGUAGGGUGCCGGCCGACCAGUACAAAGGCGCUAGAGGAGUGGGCAUCGGUGCUUUUCAAGGCUGCGUGGUAUGCCGGCGAAAUCGGACAAUACAACGUGGCAAAGGAGAUGGGUGCCAGUGCUUUACAGGCGAGAGAGGCUACCCUAGGAGCUGAGCACCCAGACACGCUAAAUAGCAUCAACGGUCUUGGUGUAAUAUUAUCACGGCAAGGCAAGUAUAAAGAAGCCCAGGCAAUGAAUAGGCGAGCGCUGGGGGGAUGUGAGAAGACGCUGGGGAAAGAGCACCCGGACACGCUGACUUGCGUGAGUAACCUGGCUUUGGUGCUGCAGCAUGAAGGGAAGUACGAAGCAGCGGAGGAGAUGAACCGGCGAGCGCUGGAAGGAAGAGAGAAGACAGUGGGGAAAGAGCACCCGGACACCCUGAUUAGCGUGAAUAACCUGGCUUUGGUGCUGCAGCAUCAAGGGAAGUACGAAGCGGCAGAGAAGAUGAGCCGGCAAGUGCUGGAGGGAAGGGAGAAGACGCUGGGGAAAGAGCACCCUUCCACGCUAACCAGCGUGAGCAACGUGGCUGCGGUGCUGCGGUGUCAAGGAAAGUACGAUGCUGCAGAGGAGAUGAGCCGGCGAGUGUUGGAGGGAAGAGAGAAGACGGUGGGGAAAGAGCACCCUUCCACGCUGACCAGCGUGAGUAACCUGGCUUUGGUGCUGCAGCAUCAAGGGAAGUACGAAGUAGCAGAGGAGAUGAACCAGCGAGUGCUGGAAGGAAGAGAGAAAACGCUGGGGAAAGAGCACCCAGACACGCUGACUAGCGUGAGUAACCUGGCCUUUGUGUUGCAGCAUCAAGGGAGGUACGAAGUGGCGGAGGAAAUGAGCCGGCGAGCGCUAGAAGGAAGAGAGAAGAUGAUGGGGAAAGAGCACCCUUCCACGCUGACCAGCGUGAGCAACGUGGCUUCGGUGCUGCAGUAUCAAGGAAAGUAUGAAGCGGCAGAGGAGAUGAGCCGGCAAGCGCUGGAGGGAAGAGAGAAGACGCUGGGGAAAGAGCACCCUUCCACGCUGACCAGCGUGAGCAACGUGGCUUCGGUGCUGCAGUAUCAAGGAAAGUACGAAGCCGCAGAGGAGAUGAGCCGGCGAGCACUAGAAGGAAGAGAGAAGACGCUAGGGAAAGAGCACCCGGAUACGCUGACUAGCGUAUCCUGGUUGGCUUUUCUCUAUCAUGAACAGCAAAAAUACGAAGCAGCUUCGGUCUUAUAUCAAAGAGCAAGCAGCGGGUUCGACCAUGUGCUUGGCUCAGAGCAUCCUAUCACUGUCUCGUGCGCUAGACUUUAUUCGUGUCUAAAGCAGGAAAUGCUGGAGGAUGCGGGGAAUGUGGGAAAGUAAUGCUGUAAAAUUGGAAAGAUACGGCUAAAAUGAAAGGCGACCUCUUUCUACUAAAUGCUAUACAGGGCACGCGAAAUGUUAAAAUGAGACUUUUAUCAGUCGAUGCAAAGCAUUGAUGGAUCUACAGCGAAGUUGACUUGGAUAAGUUGUAGCCUAGAUUU